UAUUAUACUGUCUUGGGUUUAUAUUAUCGACCAGUCAGUCAGUUAACGUUGGUUCCGCAUCCAGGCAACAUCAUGAUCAGAGGGAUUGUAGGAAUCUGUUUAGUUUUGGCCCUUUCCUCAGCACAAGAUGAGAGUGAUGAGAUACAGUCUCUGCAGACCACUAUCAAAAUAAACCCGGAGAAGGUUUGGAAGCUGCUGUUAAAAAGAUCGCCCUGUGGAGUGAAUAUAGAACCUGAGCUUUGUACUUGUAAAACAGGAAGUACUUUCACCUGGCCUACUGUAGAGGAGAGGGUUAAUGUUACCUCCCUGCCCUGCCUGGGUGGACCUCCUGAGACCUGCACAUGCCCAGGGGGAAAAGUUUUUCAGCCUCCCAGGAGGCAGUUAGCGGCUAUAGAGAGACUGCUCAAGAAUAAUAUUGGAAAAUAAUAGUGUAAAAAAUAACUGAAUAGUGUUAAAAAAAUGUUUAUUGAAUCAUGUUGUUAAUACACAUAAUAAAUGAUAAAAAAAUCA